CGAGAUCCAUUAGUCUAUCCUGUUGGCUCCUGGUGAAAGGUCGUCUCCGUGAGCGGCGGGUGACAGGCCCUCGGUUUGGGGACGCUAGCGAAGGCGUUGCAGUUGCUGGCGAAGAGCUGAGGAUACGACUCACAAUGAUUAGUAAAUUGGACGAUCUUCUGACGCACAUUGGCACGGGAAAAUGGAGCUACAUGCAUAUCCUCCCCCUCUGCUACUCCUUUUGGAUCGUCGUCAUGCAAGCAAUGAACGGCGCAUUCAUGGCACCCAAGCUGAAUUUCUCGUGCCGCCCACCCGCCCACGCCGUUGACCGAGCCACGCCCAUCUCCGCCCUUAAUGAGUCCGUGAUACUCAGCAAUGUGACGCAAGACUGUGCCUAUUCUGCCGAGGACCCUGUGACGGGAGAGGUCGAGGAGCAAAAAUGCACCGAGUGGGACUUCGACAACUCCACCUUCAGCUCCACGGUGACGUCGGAGUUCGAGUUGGUGUGUGGGUGGGAGUACCUGCGGGCGCUGUACACGAGCAUCUACAUGUUUGGCGUUUUCUUCGGUUCUCCUUUGAACGGGUUCCUGGCUGACAACCAUAGAGGUCGCCGAACCCCGCUUCCGCACCGCCCUCGGCAUCAUGCUGUUCAUCCCUUGGGCCAUGGGCGAGAUGUUCCUCGGAGGGUUGGCCUAUCUCAUCAGGGACUGGAGGACACUGCAGCUCACCGUGUCCGUCAUUGGGGUGGUGAUGCUGCCCUUCUUCUGGUUCAUGGACGAGUCGCCUCGCUGGCUGGCCGUGAGAGGAGAUCACGACCGAGCUGUGAAGAUCCUGCAGAAGGCCGGGAAGUGGAACAAGGUGUCUCUCCCUCCUGAAAAUGAGGUCAUGGCGCUCAUGAGGCAAGAACUUCCUCCAACGAAAGUGAAGUGCGAGGAUAGAGGUAUGAAGACUGUAGUGAAAUCCUUCUUCCAAAACGCUGCCAUUCUCUUCAGCUACCUGGUGUUGGCCAUGGUCUACUACGGCCUCUCCCUCAGCGGCGGCAACCUCAGCAGCGACCCCUUCGUGUACAUGGUGCUCUCGGGCCUCAUGGAGAUCCCCGCGUACACCGGCGCUUAUCCCUUGGUGGCGAAGUUCGGCCGAAGGAUCCCGACGGUGAUGUGCUGCUUCGUGAGCGGGGCGGCGCUGCUCGUGCUCACCGGCGUGCCCAAGGGCUACUCCACCGUGAUCGUGACCCUCGCUCUGGUGGGCAAGAUGGCGAUCACAGCCGCCUAUCAGAUCGCCAUCUUCUUCUCCUCCGAGCUGUUCCCGACGGAGGUGCGCAGUCGUGGCGUUGGGACCUGCUUCAUGCUCUCCAGGGUUGGCUCCAUGGCCGCUCCCUUCAUUACGGACUUCUUGGGAUCUGCAUAUCCCGCGUCGCCGUCUAUAGUGUUUGGUGUGGCAUCGCUGCUGGCAGGCACGGCAACGCUGGCACUCCCGGAGACCCUCGGUGUGGCACUGCCUGACACCAUUGCACACCUGGAGGAGAGGAACAUCGGUGCCACGAGCAGCUGCUGCAAAUGGAUGCGAAGGCCAAGUGAGAAAGAAGAACAGCAGGCAGAAAAAUUAUAUUCAGAGAAGCAAGAGGCAAAAAUAUGAUAGGAAAUGAACAUUCAUAUUUCAUUAUCAAGAGAGAGUAAUAGCCUGUACGAAUUUGAAUUAUGUGUUAACAGAUGCAUUUUGUAACCUGUCUAUAUGCAUAAUGAUGUAUCUACACGCAAAUACACACCCAUACUCAU